GUCCCUGAUCUUCGCCGGGAAAGGCCAGGUGAGGUUUUGCGUCUUGCCCUUAAGUGGGCCGAGAAGGGCCUCCUCUUCCUUAAGGAUGACUACUCUGACCAGGCCUCGCAUGAGGAUGCCGUGCGGGUGUUCAACUGUUACAAGGCCAGCGACUGUGAUCGCCAAAUUGGCGAUAGGAGAGCCCGGAACUUUCGUGAAAGAGCCCUCCGCGGGCCCAGCACCUCUUUGCCUUGCGGCCCGGUCUUCCUUGGACUCUGCAUCCCCCCUUCGACCAGCACCCUCCGCAUAGCUGUUGCUGACCGGAAAGACUUCUACCAUCAGCUAAGGGUCGGCCCUCGGAAGGCCGUGCACAAUGCCCUCUUCCCUCCCCUGCUGGAGAAGGAUUUGGUAGGAACCGAGGCUCACCGCCUCCUGUGCGAGCAGCGUGCCCUGAGAGAGCCCCGCGCUCUGCUUGUUCCGCCUCCUGACCGGGCCCAGGUCGUCGCUUGCUUUAAGGCAAUUUUUCAAGGUGAUCAUUUGGGGGUUGAGAUCGCGACCUGUGCUCACCGCAACAUGUUGAGGGCGUCCGGCCUACUGGUGCCAAGGGAGGAGCUCCUCUCCACCCGGCCCUUCCCACCAAGCGAGGUCCUUCAGGGACUUGUGAUAGAUGACUUCUAUGCGGUCUCCCUUGAGUCCCUUGACACCCCUCCCGAGCGGUCGCGCGCCGUUGCCCGACUCGACCUUGCUUUGGAAGCUUAUGAAAAGCAUCGGCUGCUUGGAUCGGUGGAAAAGAAUGUUCGUGGCUCGGACUGCUCGCGGGUUGCUGGAGCUGAACUGGAUUCUUCGCCCGGGACCCGCCAGCUGGGCUUGGUCACCGCCGGGGGCACGUCUCCUGCACCAGUGCCGCUCACAAGGGGAGUUUCGGAUGAGCUUGGGUUGGCUGCUGCCCUGGCUCCUUUGGCGGUAGCCGAUCUUGCUGCCCCUUGGGAUGACCACCUUUAUGCCACGGACAGCAGUGAGGAGGGAGCUGCUAUUGUUUGCACGCCCGUCUCCGAGGCUACCUCGGCACAGGUGUGGCGGGCCUCGGAUCGAAAGGGGGCCUCCACCAAGCUGCUCUCGAGGAUCCAAGCUGCCGUCAGGAAGGCCGACCCUCUUCAUGAAGAGGCUUGCCUCGAACCCCCUCCCGGCUCUGAUGCCCUUUGUGUGGGGAGCGAUGAUUUUGGCCUCCCUUUGUCCCGGCCGGGGAGGCACCUUGAUCUGCGAUGCCCUCUCUCAGAGAGGUUAGGAGCGACCUCCAUUCCCGGCCUUGCCGAAGCCAUUGCUCAGGUUUUCUCGAGGGGCCUCCGUCGGCUACUUGAACAGCGGGCCGGAGCUGAUAUUGACGUGUAUGGCUUGGAGUCUCCUUUGAUCAACGACCUCGCCCUCUCUUCCGAUUGGAAGGUUCAGGCAGCCUGGCGAUGGGACCGCGAGUCCCACAUCAAUGUGUUUGAAACCGAGGCCUACUUCCGUCUGUGCCUUCACAAGGCUCGCCUUUGCCGACCCUGCCGAUUCUCUUCCCUUAUCGACUCAAACGUCGCUAGGUGUGCCUUGAGCAAGGGGCGUUCGCCCUCGGUCGCCUUGACACGUGUUCUCAAGAAGGUCUCGGCCGUCUCCUUGACCGCAGGGCUCUAUGGGGCUUUGCCUUUCUGCCCCACUCGCAUUAUGCCGGCCAGCCGCUCACCGAGGCUCUUGACCUCGAAGCUCUUGCGGCCCUCCCUCGCCUUCGAAGAUGGGCCUCGAAUUGGGUCAG